CCGAGCACAGGACCUGCAGGACUUGCUGGAGGACGGAGAGAGCAGCGCGCCAAGACAGGCUGUUGCGCGUUGGCUCAGCGUAAAGACCCGUUUGCCUAGAGGAGGAGACUCGGUGAAUUUUAUUGGGCGGAUUGUUGUAAAUGAACCUCACGAUGAGGCAACAGAUCCCGUUAGGAUCCUUUUUUCAGGCAUCAGCAUAGUGCUGUGUCCAAACCGUGAGCGCGCAGAGUCCGGUAUGUCCGAGAGGAACACCUCAGCUUCGAGGCUUCAUCACUGACAGCUCCCGCGGAUCAGAUGUUGCCGAAAAAAAUGACUCAUGCUCUCUGCAUCUUCGCUUACUUUUUCUCUUUGCUUCACUGUAGCAGCUGUGCUGACUCAGAGGAGCGUCUCAUGAACUCUUUGCUGGGAGAGAAACGCUACAAUCCGCUUAUCCGCCCGGCCAUCAACAGGACUGAGAGAGUCACAGUAAAGCUGCAAGUGUCUUUGGCUCAGCUCAUCAGUGUGCAUGAAAGAGAACAGAUCAUGACUACAAAUCUCUGGCUCACUCAGCACUGGGUGGAUUACAGGUUAUCAUGGGACCCUGCUGAGUAUGAAGGUAUAGACAAGCUGCGUAUUCCCUCCAGGCACGUCUGGCUCCCAGAUAUUGUCCUGUACAACAAUGCUGAUGGUACCUAUGAGGUAACAGUCUUCACCAACGUUAUUGUCCUUUUCAAUGGCAGCAUCAACUGGCUUCCUCCAGCCAUUUACAAAAGUGCCUGUAAGAUCGAGGUAAAGCAUUUUCCCUUCGACCAACAGAACUGCACCCUCAAGUUCCGCUCUUGGACUUAUGACCACACAGAGAUCGACCUGAUCUUGAAGUCUGAGGCGGCUAGCAUGGAUGAUUUUACUCCUAGUGGCGAGUGGGAUAUCUUGGCGCUGCCAGGCAGACGGACUGUCAACCCUCUGGAUCCCACUUAUGUGGACCUCACAUAUGACUUUAUCAUCAAGAGGAAGCCCCUUUUCUACACCAUAAACCUCAUUAUUCCCUGUGUUUUGAUCACCUCUCUGGCCAUUCUGGUAUUCUACUUACCUUCAGACUGUGGGGAGAAGAUGACCCUCUGCAUCUCCGUCCUCUUGGCUCUCACUGUGUUCUUGCUUUUAAUCUCAAAGAUAGUUCCUCCCACUUCACUGGAUGUGCCCCUGAUUGGCAAGUACUUGAUGUUUACCAUGGUGCUGGUGACCUUCUCCAUCAUCACCAGUGUGUGUGUGCUCAACGUGCACCACCGCUCUCCCAGCACCCACACCAUGCCUUCCUGGGUCAAGCUGAUAUUUCUUGUCAAACUGCCUGCCUUACUCUUCAUGAGACGUCCACACAGUAACUCUGCACGCCAGAGACUUCGUCAACAGAGGUGUCUAAGGGCAAGGAGAGCCAUUUUGGGCUUGGGCUACCCAGUUGCAUCCAGAACAGGUAUUACCAUGUCAUCUUCUGCACUGCUAUCCUCCGACUCUGCUUUCUCCACCCCAGGACACAAAAAUGUAGCUUCUCCACUAAGCUACAGUCACUCCAACAGGAAGGGGGGCUCCAAUGAUUACCUUCCCAGUGGUUUGACUUCUACCCAGGACCUCCAGCAGAAGAGCAACUCAGAUUGGGCUGCUGAUGUCCAGGAGGCAGUAAACGGGGUGCGCUUUGUGGCUGAACACAUGAUGGGAGAUGAUGACGAUCAGAGUGUGAUAGAGGACUGGAAGUAUGUGGCUAUGGUGGUGGAUCGUAUGUUCCUGUGGAUCUUUGUGAUAGUGUGUGUGGUGGGCACCUUGGGCUUAUUUCUUCAGCCUCUCUUCCAAAGUCAGAUUCCUCCCAGCCAGCAGCCCAGCUCAGAAAGUCCUCGCAUAUGAUCAGCUACAAAGAAGACAGGGCAAAGCAUUCUUAUCAGCACAUACAAGCCAGUAGAAGCUGCACAAUCUUUUCGGUGUUCACAAAAAGCUUGUAGUACCAUAUUGGUGGGGUAAAAAAGCUUAACCUGCAACAUUGCCUGUGCCAAAUCCCACUAAUAAGGCUCCUGCGAGGGUUAAACCAGACAAAAAGCACUUGCAAUGACUCGUGUAUGUGAUGUGAAACAGACAUGAUCUUUGUGUGAGAUAGAACAUGGAUAAAAUGCACCCGCUCACACACACAUACACCAAUACAACCCCUUAAAGCACCCAAUAGUUUGAGGAAAUUUUGUCUUCAUAUCUACAAAGGACAACUACCGAACUGGACUGAAAGUACCCUUCACUGCACUGAAGUGUGCCAAACUGUUGCAGAAAUACACCCCAAUAUGGCAGAGAUAUGAGGAACAUCUGUCUGCUGUCAGAUAUUGUUUGACUCCUUACUGGUGUUUAAGUUAUAUUACCAUGUCAUUGAAAUGUGAUGUGUGAUUAAAGAAUAAAUAAUACAGAUAAAUGUGUGUCCUCUUUCAGUUUGAUUAAGUGUAUGGAAUCCCCAAUAAAGUCUUAAAAUUGUCAUGGUCUUGCCAAAGUGCUUAGUUAAUCUAUGUUGCUGGUGAUAAAGUUUGUCCUCUGAGCCAAUACGUUAGUUGAAGAUGUGCCAAUUCGAAUAUUUCAUUACAUAGAAAAGACAGCUGUUCACUUGAAACGUAAGAUUGUGUGACCAGGCAAAAAAAAAAAAUGCUGAUACAACAAAAACAGAUCUUAAGGCUUUUGCCACUUAUAACCUUACACCUGACAUAUAACUUACAGCAAAACAUUGUUCCAGACACUUAAUAUUUUGGCCACUCAUUUACACCAGAUUUGAUUUCUGUUAAGUGCAAGUGCAGGAACACACAUAAAUGAUGCUUCACAUAAUGCACAAACACAUGCUGAACUAAACCUUC